UGUAGCCGAACGAAGGAGCGAGAAAUGAUUAGGAAAGAAGGGGGUAGAGAGGUAAACCGAUGGCGAUACGAGACGAAUGUCGGAGUGUCAAGAGGGUGUGUCGGCUCCGUACACUUCACUGCUAUCGGUCGUCGUACACUUUUCUCUCCACGUCGUAGCUCGUUUUGUAUAUCGAAACACGCACCACACCGCGGAGAAUCGGCUAACAGCACCGAGCCGAGUCAACGAACAGAGACUACCGCGAGAUUAUCACCUACUUCGCUGUCGUUUUCAGCCUCAGUGGCGGCCACUGUUGCGGUACGAUCGUCCUUAUCCACCUCGCCUACCGUCUUCCUCGAGAUUGUCCCCUUUGUCGUUGUCCUGCUCGUUUCGUCUCGAUGUCCUCUUGAUCCACGGAUCCUCGUCUUGCGCCUCCUCACGAUCACCGUCUCCCUUUUUUUUUCUUUCUUCUUCUUCCUUUUGGCUCGUUCGCACUUGCUCUUCCGACAAUCGCGAAACCUUCUCCUAUCUUUUCAUACUUUCCGUCGUCGUGUUCGUCCGUUGUAUCGCGCGUGGCCACGCACCAGUUUUUUACUAUCGUACAAAUUCCACGGAGCACUACUAAUACAGCAUGUUACAAAAAUAGAGUAGAGUCUAAGCUACUGCCCGGCGAGGUUCGCCCAUCUUGCCCGAAACUAAGAUGAGUCGCCGCGUGGAGGCGCUGCUAACACCACCACCAACGGUGGGGCUCCAGCGGCCGCACCUGUCUGCACGACCGCCACUCAACACACGCUCACCGUAUCACAGUGUUCAGGGCCGACAAUAAUAUUCACCGGGCACCGAGACAAAUGCCGAAAUUAUUCUUCACGUUAUUCAAACACU